UAUAUGGAUGUUUUCUUACUGGUAAAAUAAACGAAGAAACUUUGAAAAGCAUAUCGCACCAUUUUCGUAUGUCAGUCUAUAGACCCACACCGCUACAUUCGCUCUGUAUGAUGAAAAACCUUACUAUGGGAAAUCGCUCAUUGCGUUUCAGCGCGUGCUUAGGCGGUUGCGCAACUCCGCUGCCUCCACAGAAGGCGCUUUUGUGCAAACUCAACUCCGAAGAAUGCUGCCUUCGACUGCAAAGAGUAGUGAGUAGCAUCCAUGGAAUACCCUAAGAGAUCUUCGGUUUUAGCUCAAAAUAGAUCACCUUAAUGGAUUGGCAUGGGGGAAAGUCUAUUUACAAACCUGGCUAAACAACAGCUAUGGUGCAUCUUCGUUAUCAUGCUCACUGCCAGCUUUACGCGACAAGCCCAGUGUCAGCAGCCCUGCCAGAUCCAACACUGCAAUGCUGAGUACCUGGCCUUGUCUUCACCACCACCUUCCUCCUCCUCCUCCACCGCCGCCCACUGGGGUCCCACGGCCCCCCUACUCCCCCUGCUGGACGCGUGUGAGGUUCUGCGCGGUUACUCGGACUGCACCAAGCGCACGGCUCGCAGAUGCCGUGGAAACCUGCUGUUCCACUCGGCGCUGUACCGCAUCCGGGAGCUGUUCUCCCAGCUCAACUGCUCCAGGGAGGGUCCCGGGUACCCCCCUCCCCCUCCUCCUGGGGCGGACCCCAGCCGCAACUCACCCCUAGGGCCUCCAGGGGGCGCUACCCUAUGUGACUACUGGAGGCGAGUGGAGGGUGAUGUCCACUCAGUCAGGCCGGACGCUGAGGGCUACACAGGGAUGAACGUCCACUGUGGGAUGUUUGGGGACCCUCACCUGCGCACCGUCAGGGACCAGUUCCAGACCUGUAAAGUGGAAGGGGCUUGGCCUCUCCUGGAUAACCCGUACCUGACCGUCCAGGUGACCAACACACCUGUGCUACGGGGCCUGGGCCCCACUGGCCUCACCAAGAUCACGGUGAUCUUUAAGGCUUUCAGCGGCUGCACGGAACAGAAGGUCUACCAGGCCACCGCAGACGUGGACGCAGACGGAGAUGACCUCCCCCUCGCCUUCACCGACGGCAGCCGCUCCAGCACAGAUGGCCACAGCCUACGUGUCGACGCAGCAACUUCCCCCGGCGACGGCCCCGUCCAUGUGGUUCAGUUGCGGGCGACCCACGCCGGAGCGUCCAUCCUGGUGCGCCGGACGGGCCGGUCGCUGGGGUUCUCCGCCCGCCUCCCUGAGUCUUCGCUGGGGCAGGAGCGGCGGGGGGAGCUGGGGGAGGAGGCGGCGGGGGGGAUGCAGCUCUGCCUGCACGGAUGCCCUCGCGCCGAGCUGCUGCAGGAGUACGUCUGGGGGGGUCACGGAGGCAGGGGGGGCAACCCCAGCACUCUAGUACCCCUCCUGCCCCGUCCAGCCACUCCAGAGCGGGGCUACAGCACUGAGAGGGCCAGGCUGGAGUGCAGCCUGCUGUUGCCCCGAGAGGACUUCUACUUCCAGGCGUGUGUGUUCGACCUGCAGGCCUCGGCAGACUCAGGCUUCUCCAGGGCCGCUCUCUGGGCCUCACAGGACCUAAAGACUCUGUUUCCCAGCAUGCCGCAGCAGCCCCGGAACCUGAGCAGGACAGCGGGGGUCUCGGGGGCGCAGCUCAGACCCAACACCAGGGCGGCGACGAUGGGCACUCUGUCUGUGUGCCUGGUACUAGUGCUGCUGUUUGCAUAGUCUACACCUGGAGCUGUAGACUUUUUGUUUGUAUGUGUGUGUGUGUUUAGACCUUGUGCCUUUACCAACCAUCAUCAAGCUCAGGUGAAGCAAAUCAAGUCAUUACAUUGCUGAUACACACAACACACGCACACACAACAAGGACACACACACACACACACACACAACAAGGACACACAUACACACACACACACAACAAGGACACACAUACACGCACACACAACAAGGACACACAUACACGCACACACA